AUGGCAGCUGCCACCUCGAGUCCAUACCUCGCCAGCAGCAGGAUUCUGUCCGGCCCGGUGGUCCACUCUGACCGGAGAGGUGGCGGCAUGCAGCCGGGGAGCACGGCCGCGACCACGGUGUCCAGUGGAUAUAGAGGAGACCCUUCCGUCAAGAUGGUGCAGAGCGACUUCAUGCACGGGACCAUGGUGUCGGGCAACGGGGGGCACAUGCUCAGCCAUGCCCACCAGUGGGUCACAUCCGCGGCGGCCGCGGCCGCGGCGGCGGCGGCGGAAGCCGGCUCCCCGUGGCCCCCCGGCCCCCAGCCGCAGGACGGGAAGAGAAACGCGGUCAGGGAGGACCUCCACUCGGGCUCGGCUCUGCACCACAGGUCCCCGCACCUGGGACCCCACCAGACGCACCCGGGGAGUUGGGGAGGCGCCUCUUCGGCGCACAUCAGCAUCACCGAGGGCCAGCAGCAGCAGCAGCAGCCCCUCAUUUACUCACAGCCCGGCGGAUUUACAGUCAACGGGAUGCUCAGCUCGCACACCGGACAGAGCCUCAUGCACGCGGGGCUGGUGCGCGGGGAAUCCCCCGAGCUGGAUCACGGCAGCCACCAGCAUCACCACCACCACCACCACCACCACAACCACCACGCCAUCCACCACCAGCACCACGGGGUGAGCCACGAUUCGCCCUCAGACGAGGACACCCCGACGUCCGACGACUUGGAGCAUUUCGCCAAACAGUUCAAACAGCGGCGGAUCAAGCUGGGCUUCACCCAGGCCGACGUGGGCUUGGCUCUAGGCACCCUGUACGGCAACGUGUUCUCGCAGACCACCAUAUGCAGGUUCGAGGCACUUCAGUUGAGCUUUAAGAACAUGUGCAAGCUCAAACCUCUGCUGAACAAAUGGCUGGAAGAGGCCGACUCUACGACCGGGAGCCCGACCAGCAUCGAUAAGAUCGCCACGCAGGGCAGGAAGAGGAAAAAGCGCACAUCCAUCGAGGUGAGCGUAAAAGGCGCCCUGGAGAGCCACUUCCUCAAGUGUCCGAAACCCUCCGCGCAGGAGAUCAAUUCUCUGGCGGACACUCUGCAGCUGGAGAAGGAGGUGGUCAGGGUCUGGUUCUGCAACCGCAGACAGAAGGAGAAGCGCAUGACGCCGCCCGGACUCCCGCGCACUCCCGAAGACGCGUACUCACAGGUGGGCAGCAUGGGGCCCGACACGCCGUCCCCCUCCAUAGACUGCAAGAGGAUGUACAGCGACACGUGA